GUAUUGUCAUUUUUAUUUGUCUCUACAUAUCUUUUUUUUUGUUGUAAAGGAAUUACAUUGUGUAAUUGAUUAAAAGCAAUAUGUUUGCUAUGAAAAGUUCACCUAGCAGCCUUCUAGAUUUAACAGUCAUAGAAUUGUCUACGAGAAGAAAGAUUAAGGCAAGCAUGUCUAAACUAAUAUAUGAAAAGAAUCUCACAAGGAACAAUCAUAUACAAAGUAAUAAACUCUUAAUAUCAUUUAAACAUACAUGCAAAAAUGGAUUAUCCAAGUUAAUUUUUAUAAAUAUCUUUUAAAGCCAUUUUGUUCCUUUGAAUAUCAAGAUGAUUAUGGAUACUAUACCUGCUUUUCUCUGAAUGCUAUUUGUUUGGAUAAUCAUUUUUCAACAUUUCACUUUGCAGCUGAGAUGUGUCUCCUGAAGGCAGCAUAUUUGUUUUUUUGAUCCAGUCUGCUCCUCUGUGCCUUUUUAUUGGUAACUUAACAUUAAAAAACCUUAUCGCCAUAACUGGAGUUGAAUAUACACUCUUUGUAGAAGAAUGGAUUUGUUUACAUUCAAACAAUUUACAGUGCUUCUCUGGAAAAAUUUUACCAUAAAGAGAAGACAAUUCAUUAAUUUACUACUUGAAGUCUUAACAGCAGUGGUGUUUCCAAUGUUGCUUUUGCUAUUCCGUGGAGUUACUGGUGUAAAUGUUAAAGGACCUCAGCAUUUUAAUCCUCAACCCAUCGGUGAUCUGCCUUCUUUCCUCACAAAUCCUCAAGAGUGGGAAUUGAUUUAUGUGCCUUCAAAUAUUAAUGUGGUAAGAGAGAUCACUGAGACCGUGAAGAAGAGUUUAAACAGCAGUAUAAAAGUUCGAGGCUUUUCUUCAGAAACUGAGUUUGAGAAGUACGUGAAAUAUGACUACAAAUCUCACAAAGUGCUGGCUGCCAUUGUUUUUGACAAUGACUUCAGAGACAGCAGUGACCGUCUGCCACUUCAGGUAAAAUAUCAUCUGCGUUUUGCUACUGUACAAAGGACUCUCCGGUGGCCACACCUGUCAGGCUGGGAAACAUCCAUGCUCUUUCCAAUUCUUCCCUCUUCAGGGCCCAGGAACUCAGAUGACCAUGACGGAGGAAGUCCUGGGUACAUCAAAGAAGGGUUCCUGGCUGUGCAGCAUGCCUUAGAUAAGGCCAUCAUGCUGCACCACGAGAACAGUACUGCACAGAAGUUGUUUGAUGGCAUUAGCGUUUCUAUACAGAGAUAUCCAUAUCCAGCUUAUUCUUCGGAUAGAUUAAUUGAGAUCAUUAGUAAUUUCCUCCCUUUGAUAUUCAUACUCAUGUUCUCUCCAACUGUACUUUCCAUCAUUCGAUACCUUGUGUCAGAAAAGGAAGAAGGAUUGAAGGAGUACCAACUCAUAAUUGGAAUUAAAAACUGGAUGAUCUGGGCUUCCUAUUUCUUCACAGUCUUCUUUUUUUAUAUCAUUAUUAUCUUUUUGAUAUGUGUGUUAUUCUUUGCCAAGAUCUUCAAAGAGCCAGUUUUCCGCUAUAGUGACUAUACCUUCAUCUUUGUCUUUUUUGCAUGUUAUGCCGUUGCUUCAAUAUUCUUUGGCUUUAUGGUUAGCACAUUCUUCAGUAAAGCCCCUUUGUUUGCUUCUGUUGGAAGCUUCCUGUAUUUUGCCAGUUUCUUUCCAUUUAAAUACAUUCUUCACAACUAUGGAUGGAUAACCCUCACUGAGAAGGUGGCUGCUUGUCUCAGCUCAAAUGUUGCAUUGGCACUGGGGAUUAAUCUUUUGCUCAAGUUGGAAAUAAAAGAAAUUGGUCUAAAGUGGGAUAACCUUUGGACACCAGCCAACAUUGAGGAUAACCUCAUACUUGGCUAUGUGAUGGGAAUGCUUUUGGUUGAUGCUUUCUUGUACGGCGUUGUGACCUGGUAUGUAGAAACUGUCUUUCCAGGAGAGUAUGGCGUGUCCCAACCAUGGCAUUUCUUUCUUAUGCGCUCAUACUGGUAUGGCCGACCAAAAAUUAUAAGGACAAAGGAAGAAAUGAAAGGCUGUGGAAGAACUCCAAGCAAAUAUUUUGAGGCUGAAUCAACUAGCUUGUUGGCAGGUAUCCAGAUUGAACAUUUGCACAAGGAAUUUGGUGACAAAGUAGCAGUAAAUGACCUGUCUUUGAAUUUAUAUAAGGAGCAGAUCACUGUUAUUCUAGGAGAAAAUGGGUCAGGAAAAACCACGAUCUUAUCUCUUCUCACAGGUAGCUAUCCUCCAACCAGAGGAGAGGCCUAUAUUAAUGAAUAUGCCAUCUCAAAGAAUAUAAUUGAUAUUCGAAGAAACUUGGGCUUCUGCCCACAGAAGAACUUAUUGUUUAAUGAAUUGACACUAUCAGAACACCUUUAUUUCUUUCUUAUGUUAAAAAGAAGAUAUCAAACGAUGCACCCUAUGGAAGUUGACCAUAUGCUGUCUACUUUUAACUUGCUAGAAAAGCGUGAUGCAAUUUCAGAGUCACUGACUGCAGGAAUGAAGCGCAAGCUCUCCAUCAUGAUAGCACUUAUGGGAGAUGCUGAGGUGGUGAUGCUUGAUGAGCCCACAGCUGGCAUGGACCCCCUUUCAAAAAGAGCCACCUGGGAUCUCCUUCAGCAGUAUAAACAGGAUCGUAUCAUCUUACUGACCAGCCACUGUAUGGAUGAUGCUGACAUCCUGGGUGACCGCAUAGGCAUCAUGGUCAAGGGAUCUCUGCAGUGCUGUGGCUCUUCAGCCUUCCUGAAACAAAUCUAUGGUGCUACAUAUCAAAUAGUGAUGGAGAUUGAACCACAGUGUGAUGUUGAAAAGAUGUCUGCAGUGAUUCAGUCUCAUAUUCCAGAUGCCACCUUGGAAAAGUAUACUGAAGCUGAAUUAUCAUUUGUUCUACACAAAGAGGAUAUGUGGAGGUUUGAAGCUCUGUUUAACGAUCUGAAAGAGAACAAAAGAGAGCUGGGCAUUGCCGGCUUUGAUGCGUCCUUCACGACCAUGGAAGAAGUCUUCCUGAAGGUCAAUAUGCUGGCACAAUCCCAAAUGGAUGUUCAGCCUAGCCAGUACCCUGCCUUGGAGGGCCAAACUCUAAGACAAGACAUGAAGCAGAGUAUGCUUAGGCACAGAAACUACAGCACACCAGUUAUUUCCAGGUUGAAUGAAUUUGCUACCAUUGAAUUUAAUACUGGGCUUCCACUUUACUGCCAACAAUUUUAUUCCAUGUUUAUGAAGAGAGCACUAUUCAGUUGGCGCAACCGGAAGUUGAUGUUGCUACAGAUACUAGUAAUUUUGGUUGUCACUACAUAUCUGUUAACAACUAAUAACUUAGUAUCUGAGCUGUCCAGCAGAAAAAUGGAUUUGAGUCAGUAUGGUCGAACAAUUGUGCCUUAUUCAGUUACAGGGCAGUCUGAUUUGGCUAUGAAUCUCAUAAAGAACCUUAAGAUUUUUCUAAAGCCUAAGAAUCAAGAACUUCGUGAAGUGCAAGGUAAUAUAACAGAUUACAUAUUGGAAAGUAAAGAGUGUAAUGUCUUCUCCAUUAUUGCACUUUCCAUUGAGGUUAAGGAAAACAAAACAGUAUUUACUAUUUUGUUCAAUAAUGAGGCAUACCACUCAGCUGCCACAUCCCUGGCAGUGUUAGACAACAUCCUCUUUAUGUCACUUUCUGGCCCCAGUGCUUCCAUUGAAGUCUCCAACAAGCCUCAGCCAUACCCUCUUUAUGAGUCUCACGCAGUGCCUACAAAUGGACGACAGAUAGUAUUAAAUUUCUCUUUUGGCAUGGCUGUUGUCAUCGGUAGCUUUGGCAUCCAGACAGUGACUGAGAGAACCACUAAGGCAAAGCACAUCCAGUUUGUGAGUGGGGCCUAUGUACUUGCCUACUGGCUCUCUGCCUUGCUGUGGGACCUCAUCUACUUCUCCAUUUCCUGCUGCUUACUACUGGUAGUGUUCAAGUACUGCGAACUGCAUGCAUUUGUGAAAGGCUACCAGGGUCUGUACACAAUGAUGAUCUUCAUGCUGUACGGUUGGUCUGUUGUUCCUCUCAUGUAUCUGGGAAGCUUCCUGUUUUCUAAUGGCACUACUGCCUACAUCAGGCUCACCGUCUUUAACUACUUUUCAACUGUUUUCAGCCUCGUCGUUCACGUCAUGAUGAAAUUCUAUGUUAUUGACAAUAAUGUCUAUAGUUUUGGAAAGAAUGGAAUUGCAAAGUUUUUGAUUUCACUGGCUGCCCUGGGCUUAUUUUAUUUCCUCAUACUUUUUUGUGUGGAGACUACAUCCUGGAGAUUGAAAAACUUUGUCUUUAAAAACAUUGUGUUUCGAGCAUACAACACAUUCCUAAAAGUCAAGAAGGCUACAGUGCCCAUCCAAGUGAGCAAGGAAUAUAUGGAUAAAAACACAGAAAAUGAAAGGAAGAAAGUCUUGGCGCAGCCUCCUACGUUGAACAACAGCCCACUGCUUCUCAAAGAGCUAAUGAAGAUUUAUUUUAAGUGUCCAGUUGUAAAGGCUGUAAGAAAUGUCUCCCUUGUCGUCCAAAAUUCUGAAUGCUUUGGAUUACUUGGAUUAAAUGGAGCUGGAAAAACCUCUAUAUUGAAAAUGUUAACUGGAGAUGAGACCCCAACCUCUGGAGUUGUGUUAAUUGAUGGCAUGAGCAUCACUGAAAAUAUCAGGAAGGUUAGGUCAAGAAUUGGCUAUUGUACUCAGUCUGACCCUGUGAUUAACCACAUGACGGGUCAGGAAUUGCUGAUCAUGUACGCCAGGCUGCAUGGGGUCCCUGAGCCAAAGAUCAACAAGUAUGUAGAAAUCUUUUUGCAUUCAAUGCACCUGGAAACCUAUGCUGACAAGUUUGUCCACACAUACAGUGGAGAAGACAAACGUAAAUUGAAUACUGUUAUAGCCCUAAUGGGAAAGCCCUCAGUUGUCUUCCUGGAUGAGCCAUCUGCUGGCUUGGAGUCAGUAGCCAAGCGCCGUUUCUGGGACACAGUGACGUGGAUGUGUAAAACUGGCAAGGCUAUUAUCAUAACUUCACACAGCAUGAAAGAAUGUGAGACCUUCUGUACCAGGCUGGCCAUCAUGGUAAAUGGGAGGUUCAAGUGCCUAGGAAGCCCCCAGCACCUCAAGAGCAAGUUUAGUGAUAUAUACACCCUGACAGUGAAGAUCAGGGUGGAUAAGAAUGAAAAUAAGCUGAAGGAGUUCAAAGAAUUCAUUGCAACAACCUUCCCAGGUAACGUCAUAAACCAGGAGUAUCGAGGAAUUAUUUACUACCACAUUCCCAGAGAGGAAAUUUGCUGGGGAAAGGUGUUUAAUAUUUUGGAGGAAGCUAAAGUGCUAUUCAAUUUAGAAGACUAUUCCAUCAGUCAGAUAACACUGGAACAAGUCUUCCUGGCCAUUGCUAAUGCUGAUAAAUUGGAAAGUGAACAAGAAAUAAAGCUAUGAAAUUCAGUUCUAA